AUGAGGAAUGGCGUUGCAGUAGAAGGAGUUAAACAGGAGGCCAACUCGUCUCGCCCUAAGGACAGAUGCAAAGGGAAUGCCAGCGGUCUUGUGAUACCUUGGCCUGACAGUUCUCUUAUAUGUAGAGACAACAGCAGAGGGUCUGUUGAGUACCUCCGCAGCAAGCAGCAGCAGCAGCAGCAGCAGCAGCAGUACCCUAUACAAGACAUGGAUUCAGCACCAACAGGGCCAAAGGAUACACCCAAAGAAAUUGCCCUCCAGAAAACAUACGACUAUGCAAAGGUCAGCAGCAGCAGCAACAGCAACAGCAGCAGCAGCAAAAAUUGCAGUAGCAGCAGCAGCAGCAGCAACAAACUAGCUGUAGCAGCAUUAGUACUACUAGCAAUAUUAGCAGCAGUAGAAUCAGCAGCAGGAAGCUAUGCAGCAGACGCAUUAGCAGAAUCAGCAGCAGCAGCAGUGACACUAGCAUGA